AUGAAUCAGACCCAAAGCCAGUCGUAUGCGUGCUCUGUUUGUUCCUCCCCGCUGACCGUAAACACGUGAAAGAGAACAAAGUUGUGAUCCACUUGAAUCAGAGACUAUUUGCAUCUUUGUGUCAUUGUUUACAGUGUUACGUGACGUGACGCGACGCGUCAUGGCUUGUCAACAUGUCUGGCUGCUGGGUUAGCUUAUCUAGCUAGCGUUACUUUGGUAGUCAAAGGAUGUGGCUGGAGCAUCCCCAUCGGUUAUACAGCAGCGAUAACGCACUCUUGGACGAGGAAGAUGCAAGGAGCGCUCAGGAAAAGCGCAGUCAAAACGUACACGAAUACGACCAUGCCAUGGCAAUCGGCGUCAGCAUACUGAGGGACUUGCCUUGCUCCGUGAUUGGAGUUCACAGUGCUGAGAUCAGUACAGAGAUGGAAACAGCUAAUGUUAGGAUCCCAACUGCAAAGUAUACAAAAAUGGGGGAGACUCUGAGAUACGUCAUCCCAAGUCACAUGCAGUGCUCCAUGGCUUGUGGAGGGAAAGCAUGUAAAUAUGAAAACCCAUCUCGUUGGAGUGAUGAGGAGCAAGCCAUUAAAGGAUUGUACUCAUCCUGGGUCACAGACAACUUGCUUGCUAUGGCAAGGCCUUCCUCUGAGAUUAUAGAGAAAUAUAAUAUCAUUGAACAGUUUCAAAGGUGUGAUGUGAAGACUGUCAUCAACCUGCAGCGGCCCGGAGAGCAUUCCAGCUGUGGCAAUCCACUGGAGCAGGAGAGUGGUUUCACUUACCGACCUGAAACCUUCAUGGAAGCAGGCAUUUAUUACUACAACUUUGGGUGGAAGGACUAUGGUGUUGCAUCUCUGACAACAGUUCUUGAUAUGGUAAAGGUCAUGUCAUUUGCUAUCCAAGAGGGGAAAAUUGCUGUUCACUGCCAUGCCGGUCUUGGGAGAACAGGUGUGUUAUUGGCUUGUUACUUGGUCUUCACAUCUCGGAUGAACGCUGACCAAGCCAUCUUGUUUGUGCGAGCCAAGAGGCCCAAUUCUAUUCAGACCAGAGGCCAGCUGCUGUGCGUCAGGGAGUUUGCCCAGUUCCUGGUUCCUCUCAGAAACGUCUUUUCCUGUGUGGAACCCAAAACCGGCGCUGUCACUUUGUCCCAAUACCUAACCAGGCAGCGUCAUCUGCUGCAUGGCUAUGAAGCACGGCAGAUGAAGAAUGUGCCCAAGUUGGUCCAGCUGGUUUGCCGACGCCUUGUUGACAUUGCCGCCAACCGACAAGUGGUGAUUGAAGAAGAGUGGCUGGACAUCCCCGACCUCACCGCUGAGGUGGAGAAGACUGUAUCCCAACAGGCCCUUCAGCAGCUUGGGAAGGAGCUGAGAGGGAAAGGCAUCCCGGUGCCUCCUUGCUCAUCCAAUCCUUUUAGUCCGAUGCAGACCACACCUGCUCAAGAUCAACCUCUCAUCAGUGAUAAUGAGCUUGACCCACUUUGGAGGCAGAAUGCAGCAACCCCUCUGAGAUCCUCUCUGUCCAACAAUAAGAACCUCAGUUACAGUGAUUCUGUCCUUUACAAACUGGAACCACGUCAGCAGGAUUUGGCAAGUUACAAGAGCAGCACACGACCAGUUCACUGUCUAAACAAACAUUCCCUUUCACACAGCAGCCUCACAGCCUCUUCAUUUCAUCCUCAGGACAUUGCUACAAGCAUUAUUGAAACCGGAUGCCCGUUUGUGAAAACAAUUCUUAGCAUGGGGGAUCCUGGUUUGUCUUUAGCAUUGUCUAAACAGGAAAUGAAAGCUCACUGUUACACCACACUGCCAGUUUUGCCAACCAAAAUGGUGGACAGUCGAGAGUUGCAGGAAAUGCAUGUCCCAGCGAAUGAUGAGGAUAACUCUGUGCUUCCUGUACCUACUCUCCAUUCUGAGCUGUCCCCGGAGAACAGAACCCUCCAAGUGGCCAAAGCCCUGGCCAUGGACCAGACAGACAAGGAUGUCACUGCCAAGGUCACAAUGUGGCAGACAGAGUUGAACUCCAAAGAGGGGGCUUGGGAGAGGCUGUGCAUGGAGAGAGAUCCGCUGGUACUGUCCAGUCUCAUGUGGUCCUGGCUGGAACAGUUGAGGGAGCCUGUCAUCAGCAGCGAAAAUGUCAAAUCUCUGACUGAGAACGUAAACCCACAGAGGGCACUAGACUCUCUGGAAAAGGGUCACCGACUCACGCUGUUGUGUAUUCUCGACUGUGCUGCUCAUCUCCUGCCAAUGCCUGAAGAAGUGGAGACGAGUAUUCUAGAUCAAACCAUAAAAACCUUUACCAAAAUUGAGUCUUCUUCAGGGGAGAAUCAGUGGUUAUACAACACACUCAAAGAAAUCCUGACUUGUAUUCUUCAUGAUCUGCAAAACAAAGCUUUGCAAGUGAAGGAGAAUGGUACCUCCUAAUCAGAUGAUGACGACUCACCAGCAGGGUUAAAAACAGCUUUUUGUUAACCAAAUACUGCUAGGCCAAUGUUGGCUGACUUGGAAUGUUGCAUUCCAUAUUGUUUGAAGCUCUUACUAGACUCUUUUGACGCACUGCCAUAUUUUACCAUCAUGUGCCACUCAGGUUCUCAGGUUGUCUGCCCACCGGAUGCUUUUUCUUGCUUGUUGUCUAAUGUCAUGUUGUUGUUAAAUGUUACACCAGCUUAGAAAGCUUUUUCUAGUGCUCAUAUUUAACCCAACACACUGUAUGUUAGCACGUCUUCUCAAGGGAUAAACAUCACAGUUACAUAAGUACCACACUUCGGCCUUCGCCAUAUAUGUGUCCUAGGCGGAUGCUCAGGUCCUCGCAGUAGAUACCAUAGUAAUACAGUAGAAUUUACACCUUUACACCAACAGGAGCUCAUCAUUCCAAAUGCCUCCCUCACUCACGAUGCAACCAAAAAAACACAACUGGUAACACAUGAGGAACACACAAUAACUGCACCACACUGACUAUGUGGGUAUCAAAAUCAACACUAAUAUACAGUACAUACGAAACAAUACUAUUUUACACUCAUUUAUAACCUGCAACGCAUGCUGGGUCUCUUCCUGUUUCGGAAGUGUGUGCAUGGGCUUCCUAGCAUGCCUCGCGGUUCCAUCCAUCUAUCGAGAGGUGGGGUACACCCUGGACUGGUCGCCAGUCAAUCACAGGGCACAUAUAGACAAACAAACAUUCACACUCACAUUCAUGACUAUGGACAAUUUAGAGUCUACAGUUAACCUAACAUGGAUGUUUUUGGAAUGUGGGAGGAAACCGGAGUACCCGGAGAAAACCCUCGCACGGGCAGAACAUGCAAACUCCACACAGAAAUGCCCAACGGAGAUUCGAACGCAGAUCUUCCUAAUCUCCUGACUGUAUGGCCAACAUUCUAACCACUAGGCCACCUUGCGGUUCGUAAAUUAUUAUAAAACAGUGUUGUUUUGCAUGUAUAUUAGCGCGUACGCAUCUGUUUCGAUACACGAAUAGUCCAUGUGGUACAGUUACAUUGUGUGUUGCGCAUGUGUUACUUUUCAUUGCACUGCAAGUGAGGUGCAUGCAUAGAAAGAACAUGUUGUGGUUUGCCUCUGACCACUGAAGGUGCAGCUCAAGCUGUACCAAAGUACAGCCCCGCUAAUACAACAUAACAUCGAUUUGUAAUGAAUUAGCUUCAAAUUUACACCUUUAAUGCACAACACAGUUCCAUUGUAGCACAAAUGAGAUGGCUCCUUCUACCAACACACAGCCUAAUUAUGGAGAUUAGAAGCACAAAAUGGCAGGUUCUCCCACAAAUAAAAAUGUUUUAAUUUUUAAAAUCCCUGAAUUUGCAGUGUCUCCAAUGGUGAAUCGUGAUUAUGCAGGAACAGGAAUAGGACAGAUGGUGUUGCAUGUUCGGUGAACAGAUACAGGUAAAAGUACUGGCUUGUGUUGCCGUGUACACCGACUACUACCUUUCUUUAGUAUUGCCCCUUGAGAAGAAGUACUGAAGAGGGACUAUCUGUUCCCAUGUGAUUUGAAAGGCGAAAAUGUCAAACAUGAAUCAAAUUGCAAAGCUGACUUCUUAAGUGGUUGCAGAAGCCAUGCAAAUUGUUUUCUUUUCCACUCCUGUUUUUCUGUCCUUAACGUUUGUGCAGCAAAAAACGCCUGCCUCCAUAUUUUUGUCAUGCUUGAGUAAAACUACCACUGCCACGUCCUGCUGAUUUUGUGUAUGGCUCUGCUUGAUUGUGCUCAUUUGUGUGUGGUGAGAAUCCUCAUCAUGUACAAGAUGUAAUACACUGUAGCCACAUGGCCAAUGUACAACAAGUCUUUAUUAUUUCACUGACACAAGACAAUAUUUGUGUCAUUUUCAAACAAUAUUUGUACUUUCGUCAGGCAGCUUCUUAUGGAUUCAAAUAUGAAUGAAAUAAACGCUCAAAGUGUGGAACUUUUCUUUUGCAGUCUACCUGUCAACAACAUGAUAGUAUUGUCUUACUGUAUAGUAUACUAGUACUGUAAUAGCUCAGA